AUGAUGCGAUUGCUCACCGGAACUGAUAACGAAAUCACCGACUCCUUUGAAUUCGUGCCUCUUUCGAUUGACGCCUUCGGAUCUACAGUCAUCGUCGAAGGCUGCGAUCAACGCCGUGAUAUCUCCUGGAUACACGCCUGGACUGUCAACUCGCAUGGGAUAAUCACACAGGUUAGGGAAUACUUCAACACUUCCCUCACUGUGACUCGGUUCCUUAACUCUACCAAACCUGUUUCCGUUACUUCGUUACAUUGCCCUUCCGUUUGGGAGAGUAGUCUCGCUAAUCGCGUCGGAAAAUCUGUUCCUGGUUUAGUUUUAGCAAUAUAA